AUGAUCAGAGUUGUACAAAAGAACAGACCUAAGAAGCAGUCAGACUUGGCUACUGCCCGGCCUUUGUGGGCACUUGUACAUCCCGUGAAGGAAAGAUAUGAUAGCGAGGAGAAACCCAGACUUCAUCCUUACGAGGUGUUACAGAGCUCAGAAGGGUCUGGCAAUCCUCAGUUGAAUUACACUUUGGCUGUGAAGGAGUACAGUAGAUUCUCAAUUGAUCAGGAGGAACCGUUGCCAUAUGAAUUGAGGACCCUUCCAACCCUGACCUUGACAAUGACCUACUUACUGAGUGAGAUAGCUGACCGAGAAGUGUGUCCAUUUCCACAUCUUCUGUGUGGACAUUCCUUUGAUGACACGAUUAACAAUGAGAACAUUACAAAAUGUCUGCAGACUCUAAAGGAAAAUUACUCAGAUCUGGAGAAGAAACAAGUGUUCUGUGCUAACGAGGCAGAGAUGAGGUGUUAUAUGGUGCUGAUGAACCUCAAUGAGGGCGAUAUUCUCAGAGAAACCCAGCAGUUAAGACCAGAAGUUCGGAAUUCAACGUUUAUUAACUACAUGUAUGCCCUCAAAGUUUAUGCAACCCUCAACAAUUUUGUGGAUUCUCCAAGAAAGGAUGCAAUCAGAAGCUACAAUGUUCCUGAUCAAAUAUCUGUGUCUACAGAUAAGAUGGCUGCUCCACAACCUACUGUUGUACCGAAAAUCAAGGUCACUUACACAAAUGAGGAGGUCAUUGCCAACAUAUGUCUGGAGAUUGAACAGGAAGCAAAGCGUGAAUUAGAUAAACUAAUGAAAAUCUCACAAUCUUUGUACGAUUCUAUCACUAGAGAGGUUGUCACUGAAUUUGUUUUUAGGUUUACCCUCAUCAUCAAACUUGAUUGUUUGUUUCUCUGCGGAGCCCGAGAAACGGACAAGUUUGGAUUGUGUUUCAUCAUCACUGUGCAUGGUAACCAGGAGAUCACCAGAGGAGGUGACACAGAGAUUGCAUGGGAUACCAGAACUCUAGGAGGAAGUUUGCUGAAAUCUUUGUCUUUAGAGCUGAAUUCCAUGGCUAUGUUUCUUCAGAAUGUCCAGGUGUUUGUUUUUCAUCUCUGUAAUUUCUGCUGUCAGUUUGUUGACAAUGAUGUCAAUCUCUCUGUGCCAUUCUUCUCCAUGUUGUUUCAGUGCUGUUGGUUUACAAAGAUUGACAUGACAGAAAUCACAGAGACAUUGAAUUUGUCUACUGUAGAAAUUAGGGAAGUACAUGCAGAAUUAAAGAGACAAAGAAUCCAGAGGUGUUCUGCAGAGAUAGCAGAUGUCGUUCUGAACUCCACUGUUCAGGACAUAACUCAAUCUGUAUCCUCAGAAGUGUAUCAGAAAGACGUCUUGGAAAGGCUUCAACAGUUAGCUGACCUUGAACACUGUGUCAAGGUCAAAAGAGCAGGUCACUAUCUAAGAAUGUGGAAAGCUCAGGAUACUGCUCGAAUCAAGUUUAAACGCUCCUUGCUGGACUUCCCUUCAUCAAUAUCCAUGAUGGAUCCAGCACAGCAGAUAGAGACUUUAAUUCCACACAGAAGAGUGGACGGUGUCCAGGAGGGAGGAUUCUAUGUGAACCAGACAACAAAAUUAUCUGUGGAGUCCCCAGUGAUGUUUGUGAAGAGAUCUGAGGUAGAGGACAAAGUGCUGACAGCACUUGAAAUCUACAGAAAUCUGUGUCAACAAAAAGCUUGGAAACAUUUGGACAUUUGUUCUCUUGGUGGAAGUUGUCUGCUGAAGAAAAACAGAGUGUCUUGUAAAACUUCUAUUCGAAGAAGAGAAAAAAGAUUAGAAGAUCUCUUGAUGAACAAGCCAAACACUCCUGCUCUCCCAUUGGUUGUAUUGUGUCCUGUUCCAGCCAAUGAAAAUGUAGAGGAGGACUUCAGAGAGAUGUAGAGGAGAUGUCUGAAUAUUGAUGAGUUGGUUGAAGAUGGGAAGAUAAGUGACAUUUCUCUCUGUGUUGUGAAAUAUGAUGAAGAUUUUCCUAAAGGUGUGGAUGUUGAGGAACCAGAGGUCACAGAAAAAUUAUCAGAGAGUGUUAGAAGGCUGACGGAACACUCCCCAGAGCCCCCUGAUCUGAUGGUCCAGCAGUGUAGGGCUGUGGUGGAGGACUUUAUACAGGAUCAGUUCUACAGACCAGUGUUAUAUAACCUAAAACAGAGGAAACUCGGUGGAUAUCUACACCAGGACCCAAACACAAUAAUUACCCUGUACAAUGCUGUGAUUGUUCAUUUACAACAAGUGCUGACAUCACCAGAACUGUUGAGUUAUUCCUGGCCAGUCAGUGAAUUCACUCAUUCUAAGAUGCAUGACUUACCUCCCCUGUAUUGGAAUACAGACAAACAAAUGACAUUGGUCUCUGACCUUCUGGAUGACCUUCAGCUGCCAAGUUUUACCUACAGUGUAGAAGAGGAUGAUGAUUGGUCAACAGUCUGUCGUGAUGUAUGGGCUUUUGUUCAGAGAAUUACUGAUGGAUUUCCACCAUCUCAGUGUGUAGAUCUCACAUCUAAAAUUAGAGUACUGCUGCGACAGACACGUCUAGACUUUGAGGAUACAUGUGACCUUUGUACAGGGGUCAGUCAGUGUAGCCCAACCUACAUCAACAUGCCCUGGACUGAUGUCAUUAUGACCUGUGUUGAAUUCAUGAUCACUGUAGCAGACUUUACCGAUCUAAAUUCAGAGAGUGGACUUGAGGAGGUAUUAUUGGUGUACAGCAAGGAUGCCCUCUUUGACUUUAACCCUCCUGUUGAGUGGCGGUAUCUAGAAAAUGAAAGAGACAGAGAAGGAAAUGUUUCCCUUGAGAAGACAUUUUACAGAGCAGCCGCUAAGGAGUUAACACGCAGAAGGAUUCUCAGGAACCUUAAGACUGGACCAUCCAGUGUCACACAGAAGGAGAAGUCUAACACUGUGGACCCACUACCUCAGACUGUUUGUGAGGCCAAGCAAACAUCUGAUCUUCUGUCCACAACUAUUGAAGAAGAGAAACUCAAGUCCAAAAAGUUUGACAAAUACCUUGAGAGUUUAGUGAAUGGAACAGACAUAGAUCAAACUACUUCCACAGAUGUUACAAACCUGCCUCUUUGGAGUAUGUACGAGUCCGUAGAGGAAGUGAGUGUCAUGUCUAAGAAUUCUUUGAGGGACUCAAUGUAUGACCCUGAGGUCAGUGUGUCUUUGGGGGACUCGGUAAAUGACUCUGAGGUUAGUGUUUGGAGAUAUGGACGAUACAGUCUGGACAAGACUCUAAAUCAGCCCCGGAUCUCAGAACAGUUUGAAAAACUAGAGGAGGAUCUAAAGAGUCAUAGGAGAGCCAGUGAUGUGUUUGAAUUACAACUUCAGAGGUGGAUCCAAGAGGGUGUAUGAAUGAACAAUGUUAUACAAGUGUGAAUCAAACAGAGUGUACAAUAAUUGUGGGUAUUGACAUGACAGGUCAACAUGAUCAGAGUUGUACAAAAGGACAUGUGCUGAAACAUGCAUUGAAACAAUUUAUUGCUGUUAUGAUGUAUGAAAAAAAAUUAAUUCGAAAAAAGCAUGUGACUUGAGGACUUACAGUUUUCAUAGUGUAUUUUCAUUGAAUUAAAGCAAUGUAAAUCAUAUGGUUACAAAUUUUACAGCAGAUAAUUGAAAGUAAAUUUGAAUUUCUGAUAAAAAAAAAAUUGUACAAAUUAGAAAUAUGAAGUGUUGGAAAUUAUUGAUCAUAUGAAUAUGAAAAGGAAUCUUUGAAUAAAGUCAUUUAAAUGC